AGCCAAAUGCUGGAAUCUCUAACCAAGUGGAUUUGUUUGGACAAAGUUUGGUUGGUGACCUGUUGGAUGUGCCGGCACCAGUUUCCGCAAACAUGUCUUCAGUGAAUAUUAAAACACCGGAGGUAGAUUUGUUUGCAGAUGCCACUUUUGUAUCUGCACCAUCCCAUGUAGAAGCGGGGGGAAGUUUUGAGGCUCAGACCAAGGUUGAUCUAUUUGCCUCUCAACCUGCCUCUUCCUCUGCAGUUUCUUCAACGGUCGACUUUUUUGCUGUUCCUGAUCCAGUUGUACAGCCUGAGAAUAAAUCUUUAAAAUCUGAUCCUGAGGCGACUAGCACAAUUGAUCCAUUUGCAUCCGUUCCGCUGAACAGUUUUGAUGGGUCCAAUCUUUUUGGUGCAUUCACAUCUAAUAGUGAUUCAGUGUCGACAGAACCCUCACAAAAUCCUGUCGAUGAUGGCAGCCAUAGUAUCAUGAAUGAAAAGUCUUCAGUCGAUUCUAUGCCUCCACCAAAGAAAGAUUCUUUCCAAGUUAAAUCUGGAAUAUGGGCAGAUUCUCUGAGCCGAGGACUAAUUGAUCUUAACAUAACUGCACCGAAGAAGGUAAAUCUGGCAGAUGUCGGUGUCGUGGGUGGUUUGACUGAUGGAUCAGAUGAAAAGGAUAAGGGACCUCCAGCCUCAUUUUACAUGGGCAGAGCCAUGGGUGCAGGAUCUGGACUUGGUAGAUCUGGAUCUGGGUUCACAUCCACAGCAACAGGUGGAGAUGACUUCUUCUCAAGCUUUAGUAGCCAACAAUACCAAUUUGGUAGCCUCAAGAAAUAA